UGUUUUUCCUGUGUCCGAUAAAGGGCUUUGGAAUUUCUUCUUAGAGGAAUUGAUAUUCAUCUACAUUUAGGAAAUGGACGUUUUUCUAAGGAAAUCUUAAAAGAUUCCUCCUCCUCCGCGGGGCAGAGGUGGUUCUGCUGGUUUGGCGCUCCACCUAGCGGACAGACGUGGAAUACUCACCGUGGGAAGCUUCCCACAGCCCGAAGGUUCACCGCGCCCCGAGGCUGCAGGGGCGCUUCUCGGAGUACCGCCUGGAGGCUCGCGAGGUCUCAGCUCUCGGAGCGUCUCGGAGUCGACAUUACCUUCACAGCACUGAUGAGAUGGGGGCUGUAUUCACGACGCAUACACCAAGAUGUCACUUGUUGCCGUGCCCUUCUACCAAAAGAGACACAAACAUUUUGAUCAGUCAUAUCGUAAUAUUCAAACGAGGUAUCUUCUGAAUGAAUAUUCUGCGAAAAUGCGUGCUUCCAGCCGCUCGUCCUCCCAGAGGUCCUCUACACAGCAGGCGUCCUCCCAGAGGUCCUCUACUCAGCAGGCGUCCUCCCAGGGGGCUGCCAGCCGGAUGUCGCUGGCGGGGACCACCUGCAGGCUGUGUGCGAAGAGGCUGAGCUCCGCGGAGGAGUUGGAGGAAGAGGAGCAGCAAAGCAAAAGAAGGUACCAGUCCCUGGUGGCUUCGUAUGGAGAGGCCAAGCGGGAGCGUUUUCUCCGGGAGCUUGCGGAGAUGGAGGGAAGUGUGCACCUGGCACGCUCGCAGGCUCGGGACAAGUUGGACAAAUACGCCCUUCAGCAGAUGGAGGAAGACAGGCUGGCCUGGGAGAGGCACACGUUCGAGGAGCGGAUGCGACGAGCCCCUGAGAUCCUGGUGCGGCUGAGGUCCCACACGGUCUGGGAGAGGACGUCCGUGAAGCUGUGCUUCACCGUGCAAGGCUUCCCCACGCCCGUGGUGCAGUGGUACAAAGACGGGAGUCUGAUCUGCCAGGCGGCCGACCCCGGCAGGUACAGCAUUGAGAGCAAGUACGGUGUGCACACGCUGGAGAUCCACAGGGCAAACUUUGACGACACUGCCACUUACUCAGCAGUGGCGACCAACGUGCACGGGCAGAUGUCCACCAGUGCUGCCGUGGUGGUGAGAAGGUUCCGAGGAGACGAGGAGCCAUUCUGUUCUGUGGGACUCCCGAUUGGGUUGCCCUUGUCGACCGUGGUUCCAUACACGCACUUCGAUGUCCAGUUUUUGGAGAAAUUCGGGGUCACCUUCAGAAGAGAAGGCGAGACGGUCACACUCAAGUGCAAGCUGCUGGUGACUCCGGACCUGAAAAGAGUGCAGCCGCGGGCGGAGUGGUACCGGGACGACGUGCUGGUGAAAGAGUCCAAGUGGACAAAGAUGUUCUUCGGGGAAGGCCAGGCCUCCCUGUCCUUCAGCCAUCUGAACAAGGAUGAUGAGGGUCUCUACACCUUGCGGAUCGUGUCGGGCGGAGGCGUCAGUGAGCACAGCGCCUUCCUGUUUGUAAGAGACGCUGACCCGCUGGUCACUGGGGCUCCUGGUGCACCUAUGGACGUGCAGUGCCAUGAUGCGAACCGAGAUUAUGUCAUUGUCACUUGGAAGCCGCCCAACACGACCACUGAGGGUGCCGUCAUCGGCUAUUUCAUUGAUCGCUGUGAAGUGGGCACUGACAAUUGGGUUCAGUGCAACGACGCACCGGUAAAAAUCUGCAAAUACCCUGUCACCGGGCUCUUUGAAGGACGGUCUUAUAUGUUCCGUGUGAGGGCGAUCAACAGCGCCGGUGCCAGCCGGCCGUCCAGAGCCUCUGAGGCCGUGGCUGCCCUCGACCCUGCUGACCUCAAACGGUUACAAGCAGUCCAUCUGGAGGGAGAUAAAGAAAUUGUAAUCUAUCAGGACGACCUGGAAGGCGACGUUCAGAUUCCAGGACCGCCCACCAAUGUACACGCCUCAGAAAUCAGCAGGACGUACGUUGUCCUCAGCUGGGACCCUCCUGUUCCGCGGGGCAAGGAGCCGCUGAUGUACUUCAUUGAGAAGUCCAUGGUCGGGAGUGGCAGCUGGCAACGGGUGAACACCCAGCUGGCUGUGAGGUCCCCUCGAUAUGCUGUCUUUGACCUUGCUGAUGGAAAACCAUAUGUGUUCCGAGUUUUAUCUGCAAAUAAGCACGGCCUGAGUGACCCGUCAGAAAUCACUCCCCCCAUUCAGGCUCAGGACUCCACUGUCACUCCUUCUGCUCCUGGCCGGGUCCUCGUGUCACGGAACACCAAGUCGUCGGUGGUGGUGCAGUGGGACAGGCCGAAGCACGAAGAGGACCUGCUGGGCUACUACGUGGACUGCUGUGUGGCCGGGUCCAACGUCUGGGAGCCCUGCAACCACAAGCCCAUCGGCUACAACAGGUUCGUUGUGCACGGACUGACCACGGGCGAGCAGUACAUCUUCCGGGUCAAGGCCGUCAAUGCUGUGGGGACGAGCGAGAACUCCCAGGAGUCCGACGUCAUCAAGGUCCAGGCCGCCCUCACCGUCCCCUCCCCCCCAUACGGGGUGACGCUCCUGCGGUGUGAUGGCCAGUCCAUGACCCUCGGCUGGAAGGUGCCCAGGUUCAGCGGAGGCGCGCCCAUCCUUGGGUACUUCGUGGACAAGCGUGAGGCUCAUCAUAAGAACUGGCACGAAGUCAACGCCUCUCCUGUCACAGAGAGGAUCCUCACGGUGGAUGGCUUGACAGAAGGCUCGCUAUAUGAAUUCAAAAUUGCUGCCACCAACCUGGCGGGGGUUGGGCAGCCCUCAGACGCCACCGAGCUCUUCAAGUGUGAAGCCUGGACGGCACCAGAACCUGGUCCUGCCUACGACUUGACAUUCUGUGAGGUCAGGAACACGUCGCUCGUUCUGCUGUGGAAAGCCCCGGUGUACUCCGGCAGCAGCCCCGUUUCCGGCUAUUUUGUGGACUACAAGGAAGGAGAGGCCGAAGAGUGGGUCACGGUCAACGAGGGCGCGACUGCGAACCGUUACUUAAAGGUGUGUGACCUACACCAAGGUAAAACCUAUGUCUUCCGAGUGCGGGCGGUGAACGCCAGUGGCGUGGGGACGCCCUCGGACACGUCUGAGCCGGUGCUCGUGGAGGCCAGGCCAGGCACGAAGGAAGUCAGUGCAGGAGUGGAUGAGGAGGGCAACAUCUACCUGAGUUUCGACUGCCCAGAAAUGACUGACGCCUCCCACUUCACCUGGUGUAAAUCCUAUGAGGACAUUGCGGGUGAUGAGAGGUUUCACAUCAAAACUGACGGGGACCACUCCAAGCUGUACUUUAAGAAUCCGGACCAAGUGGAUUUGGGGACUUACUCUGUGUCUGUAAGUGACACGGAUGGAGUGUCCUCCAGUUUUGUCAUGGAUGAAAAAGAGCUUGAACGUCUGACGGCCCUGAGCAAUGAAAUCAGAAAUCCCACGAUUCCUCUGAAAUCAGAAUUAGCUUACGAGAUUUUUGAUAAGGGCCAGGUUCGCUUCUGGCUGCAGGCUGAGCAGUUGUCCCCCGACGCCAGCUACCGAUUUGUCAUUAAUGACCGGGAAGUAUCGGACAGUGAGACACACAAAAUUAAAUGUGACAAGUCAACUGGCAUCAUUGAGAUGGUGAUGGAUCAAUUUACUACUGAGAAUGAAGGGACCUACACAGUACAGAUUCAUGACGGAAAAGCCAAGAACCAGUCUUCUCUGGUUCUUAUUGGAGACGCAUUCAAGGCUGUCCUAGAAGAGGCAGAGUUCCAAAGGAAAGAAUUUCUCAGGAAACAAGGUCCUCAUUUUGCCGAGUACCUGCAUUGGGACGUUACAGAAGAAUGUGAAGUUCGUCUUGUCUGUAAGGUCGCAAACACCAAGAAAGAAACAGCUUUCAAAUGGCUGAAGGACGAUGUUCUGUACGAGACUGAACGUUUGCCCGACCUGGAGAAGGGCGUCUGUGAGCUGCUCAUACCAAAGUUGUCCAAGAAGGACCAUGGUGAAUACAAGGCGACCUUGAAGGACGACAGAGGUCAAGAUGUGUCUACCCUGGAGAUCGCUGGCAAAGUGUAUGAUGACAUGAUUCUGGCAAUGAGCAGAGUCUGCGGAGCGUCUGCCUCUCCACUGAAGAUACUCUGCACCCCAGAAGGAAUCAGACUUCAGUGUUUCAUGAAAUAUUAUACCGAAGAAAUGAGAGUGAACUGGUAUCACAAAGAUGCAAAGAUUGCGUCCAGUGAGCACAUGCGUAUUGGAGGGAGUGAAGAAAUGGCCUGGCUGCAGAUCUGUGAGCCUACGGAGAAGGACAAAGGGAAGUACACUUUUGAGAUUUCUGACGGCAAAGACAACCACCAGCGCUCCCUGGACCUGUCUGCUGAAGCGUUUGAUGAAGCGUUUGCAGAAUUCCAGCAGCUCAAGGCAGCUGCUUUUGCAGAGAAAAAUCGUGGCAAGGUGAUUGGUGGCUUACCUGAUGUGGUGACCAUCAUGGAGGGCAAGACCUUGAAUCUGACCUGCACGGUGUUCGGGAACCCUGACCCCGAGGUGGUGUGGUUCAAGAAUGACAAGGACAUCGAGCUCAGCGAGCACUUUGCAGUCAAGGUGGAGCAGGCCAAGCAUGUCAGCAUGACCAUCAAGGACGUGACCUCUGAGGACUCGGGCAAGUACAGCAUCAACGUGAAGAACAAGUACGGCGGUGAGAAGAUCGACGUCACCGUCAGCGUGUACAAGCACGGGGAGAAGAUCCCGGACGCGGUGCCGCCCCAGCAGGCCAAGCCCAAGCUCAUCCCAGCGUCCAGCUCCACCACCAGCGAGUAGGGAGGUGGUGCUGGAAUCC